AUGAGUGGAAUAUUCAAAGUGGAUGACCACAUUUGGUGUGGCAAGACUUCAGGAGGGAUCCAGUUGUACUUCUGUGCUAUCUGCCCUUACAAUACACACUACAAGGGCAAUGCAAGAACCCACAAGCGUGUCCAUACCAGAGAAAGGCCAUUUCAAUGCUCCCUUUGUGAGAAGAGCUUCACUGUCAAAAGCAACCUUUAUAGGCACAUGAACUCCUCACAUGCAAUAUUCAAAGUUGAAGACUACAUAUGGGGUGGAAGGACCUCAGGAGGGAUCCAGGUGUACUUCUGUGGUGUAUGUACCUACAUGACACACAGCAAGGGGCAUGCAAGAAUCCACAGACGUGUCCACACACAAGAAAAGCCAUAUCAGUGCACAGUGUGCCACAAGCACUUUACCCAGAGCAGCACUCUGUAUCGUCACUUGAGAGCAAUGAUGAAACUGGAAGACUUCAUUUGGAGUGCAAGGACACCAGGAGGGCUGCAAUUGUACUUCUGCAGUGCGUGCCCUUACAAGACAGGGCUCAAGGGCCAUGCCAGGACCCACAAACGUGUUCAUACACGUGAGAGGCCUUUUCAGUGCUCCAUUUGCCAGAGGGGCUUCACUCAGAGCAGCAACCUCUAUAGACACAUGAAGACAAUGUGCUAUGUCCAGAGCUAUGUGUGGUGUGGGAGGACCCUCUUUGGUCAGAGAGUCUACUUUUGUCCCAUCUGUCCAUAUGAAACUUCGAAGAAGUCCCAUGCAGAAUACCACAGUCGUAAGCACACCAAGGAGAAGCCCUUCCAGUGCCCCCUCUGCCCAAAGGCCUUCACACAAAAGUUCAAUACUACGGAGUACGUGCGUUUUGGAGUCUGGAAGGGUGUCUGCCGCUCUACAUCUCGGAAUAUCUACUUCUGUGUCUACUGUGACUACAAGACACCCCGUCGAGACAAUGCUCUCUAUCAACACUCCCGAGCAAUAUUCAAAGUUGAAGACUACAUAUGGAGUGGGAAGACCUCAGGAGGGAUCCAGGUGUACUUCUGUGGUGUAUGUUCUUACAUGGCAUUCAGCAAGAGUCAUACGAGAAUCCACAGACGAGUUCAUACGCAGGAGAGGCCAUAUCAGUGCACAGUGUGCCACAAGCACUUUACCCAGAGCAGCACUCUGUAUCGUCACUUGAGGUUGUCUCAUCGGAUCCAUCAAUGA